GAAUGACGGCGGAAGCUGCUCUCCAUGGUCAAAGAGAACGAACUAGUUGAUGCAUAAGUAUUGACGGGAGCUGUACUGCUUUUCCUCGGCAAGUAUGGAGAACGCUACCUUAAAUUAUUCACAGACACAUGUAAAAUGUGAAGAGCAUGAAAUCAUAGGAAGCAGAACUUGGAGAAUAUUGUGUACGAUCAUUCUAUUCAUCAUCGUGAUAUUAACUGUGUACGGCAACAUUAUGCUGAUUGUCAAAGCGGUGAAAAGGAAGCAGUUUCAUAGAAAAAUCUAUGUGUUUGUUGUGUCCCUGGCCGUAGCGGACGGUUGUGUGGGCCUGCUCGUGAUGACUCCUUCCAUUGUCCACGGACUACUGGGUGUAGCACUGGUCAGAGAGACGAUGGCCGACCGUGCACUGUUCAUGUUAGACUGCUUGUUCACAACGUCAUCUGUGUUUCACUUCACGUGUAUGAACAUCGACAGAUUCGUGGCCGUGAGCAAGCCGUUCAAAUAUUUCCAAAUCAUGAGCAGGAAAGUCGUAGUUGUACUCAUUUGUCUAUGCUGGCUCGUGUCUUUUUCUCUUUCUUUGACCAUUAUUUUUGUCACCGAAGAAAACAAGUGCGAAAACUUAUUCAUUGUUAAGGGACUUGCUGCAGUUCUCGGAUCUCUAAUUGCGUUUUACCUUCCACUGAGUUUGAAUAUAUUUGCAAGUGUGAAUAUUUAUCGAAAAGUGAGCAACAGAAAAAAGGAAAUGUUUAACAACAUUGGCGAAAAUUAUUCCGGUGAUAGCCAAAGGGGUAGGAAACUCGAGACGAGAGUGACGAAAACUUUGAUAGUUCUGCAGAGCGCAUUUAUCGCAUUUACAACUCCAUUCUUUGUCCUUAUGGUUCUUGAAAACACAUUUGGAUUUCAAAACUCGAAAAGGACUUGGUUUUUUAUAUCAUGGUUGGGAUAUUGUAACUCUACCAUAAAUCCAUAUCUAUUUUAUUUCAUGAAUAAGCGAUUGAAAAAUACGGACGAAAGCGGACAUUCAAAUUUGACAGUUGAUACCAACAAACUUCGAUGUUCAAAUUGAUUUUUUCACCGAGAUUACUGAAAACAGGAGGGUUUGACGUUAAUAUUUUAUGAAACUUUUCGAUUAAAUUCAGAGUUUUCAGAAGUAUUUUGUGUCUUUAUUAAAAAUAAACUUGGAAGAGUAAUCCUGGCUUCAAUUAGUCAGAAAUUUAUUAAGUUUGCUCUUUACUUUUAGUUAUGUUUCUAAAAUAAAUUGUCCUUAGUUACCAAUUUUGCAUACAGAGUUUAUUGCUUAAUGGACAUAAUGAGGAGGUAAAACUGACGGAUAUUCUAUUGUCCCAGAAGCACUACAGAGAUUGUACAAUCUAUCGUAUUAUCUUCGAAAUUUUGUGAAUAAUUACUCAAAUGAUUCCAUAUAUUAGCCUAAAUGUUCAAAUAAUUAGUCUUAUCAAUGCACCAACACAUGUACAUUAUCAUUUAUGAGUGCAAAAUAAAGAAAUGGAUCUAAAUGGAAUCGUACAAAUAAAAAAUAAACAAUGAAGAAAAAGAUACCCGGUAUUGUAAUUCUUUUGACAAAAGUU